GAGGUGUUUUACUUUGUCAACAAUGUUGUUCAUACGUUCUUUAGACGUCGUUUUUGACAAUUAGACACGACGAAUAAUUUUCAAACAAUCGCUGAUGUUAAUGGUAUCGGUCGAUGGUCGAGAUGUAAAACUAGCUCGAUUAUUUUUGAAACGAGAUAAGAGAGUGACCGAUGACGACAGUAGCGGUCGGGCCGGGUCGUCAAAGUUUCCUCUUGUCACUCGACGGUAUUCAGAUCACGCUUACUGUUGAAAGGAGGGUUAGGGUCAUCGACAAUUUUCCGCACGGUCACGGCACGAAGAGAUGAGGAUGGCAAGAUUGGUCAUACGAAUUAGCAGGUGCGCGGCAAAGACACUUGUCUCGCAUGGUAGAACCGAUUUAAUCGGCACGAUUCCAGCGAGAACACCGCUUCUCACCGCAAUACGCUCCAUAACCACAACUCGAUAUUUGAGAACUGAGCGAUGGUACACUGAUAAGCACGAAUGGGUAACAGUGGAUGGCAAAGUAGGCACGGUCGGUAUAUCGGAUUACGCGCAAGAGGCACUCGGAGACGUGGUUUACGUGCAACUUCCCGACGUAGGAUCCACGAUUAAGAAAGGAGAGGAAUGCGGGGCGCUGGAAUCGGUGAAGGCGGCUUCGGAAUUGAUAAGCCCGGUCAGUGGAAAAGUUAUAGAGAAGAAUGAAUCGGUUGAAAGUAAACCCUCCUUAAUUAAUACAUCUUGUUACAAGGACGGUUGGUUGUUUAAGGUAGAAUUAAGCGAAAAAGACGAAGUCAAGAGUCUAAUGAACGAAGAGAGUUACAAUACGUUCCUAAAAGAAACAGACGCACAUUAAACUCCAAUCUCACUCAUCUACUGAUGUAUGUUUGAACUGAAUUAACAAUUACACAUCAGGGAUUGCACUUUAGAAAUAAUACUCGUGAUUACAGCCAUGUCUUCAAUGUUAGAAAAUGAUGACGAUUGUGCGGUAGAGUAGUUAAUUUUUAAACAUAAUGAGAAAAGACUCUCAAAGGCAGUUUGUUGCAGUGGUUUCUUGUAUUGACAUAAUUUAAUCAGGACUAUAGAUAAAAUAAAUAACUGCUCAAGCAAUUCUCGACCCAGAUCAUGGACCCAGAGGAGAGUAUACCCCUAAACGAAUAUACUUUCUAUGUUUACAACUUGUACACCAACACAUCACAGUUUAUACAAAGUCCACGCUACAUGUGCCAUUAUACAUUCAUUAUAAAUGUAUCCAUGUUGCAUGAAGAGGAUAUAAUGUUACGAGAUUAACAUUAAUGUCUUAUAUCUUGAUCGUCGCGAGUAGAUUAUACAGCUGAAUUUACACAUUGAACAUUUAGCCCAAUAGAAAUUGAAUAACAUAUAUAUUGUGUAUAUAUAUA